AUGGACAAGGUCAAGGAAGCAGUCAAAAAGGCCACAUCGAGCUCCGAGAGCGAGAAACAAUUCACCACCCAGCCCAUUGAACAUGGCGUUGACCCCAAGAUGGCUCCGCAUCAAGCUCACCCUGGCCCGGCCAUGACCAAGGAUAUGCCAGCGGAGGCGGGAACCAAGGAGGAGCGCCAGGCUAGAAAGGAGGAACUGAACAAAUAA